GCCAAAUCUGCAGCAACACUGAACGCGCACAGAAAGGGAGAGGCCAGCAACAAAUACAAGAGAGACAAACUGGGGAAUACUUUUCCAGCUUUUUAACUGACUUUUGUUUGCAUUAAAUAUAUAUUAGACGUGAAUUGGUUUGUGGUUUGCUGAGGAGGAGGAGAAGGAGGAGGAGAAGGAGGAGGAGGGGUCAGGGUCGGAGAUCAUUAAGCGCUUGGAGAAAGACGUCGCCCUAAACGCAGCGCGGCAGCACCGCAUUCACUAGAAGCUGAAGUGCGUUUAAACGUCCUAAAGUUGCGUCGAUUUGGACAUGACUUGGUUCUGAUUCGCUGCGCAGCUGCCCGGUGGAGACUGCAUGCGGAGGGGCUGAACGCCGCAUUGUGGAAACCGACACCCGAGGAUCGCACCAGCCGCUCUCUGCAAAAUGUCAUCUCAGGCCAAAGUCAAGAAGGACAAAGAGAUUAUUGCCGAAUACGAGACCCAAGUGAAAGAAAUACGUAACCAGCUGGUGGAACAGUUCCGAUGUCUGGAACAGCAGUCAGAGUCCAGGCUUCAGCUGCUGCAGGACUUGCAGGAUUUCUUCCGUCGAAAGGCUGAACUCCAGCUAGAGUACUCUCGAGGGCUAGAUAAACUAGCUGAGCGCUACUCCUCCAAGAUUCGCAGCUCAAGAGAACAUCAGCAUUUCAAAAAAGACCAAAAUUUAAUCUCUACUGUGAACUGCUGGUAUUUGGUGUUGGACCAGACCCGACGGGAGAGCAGAGACCACGCCACUCUCAGCGACAUCUAUAACAACAACGUCAUUGUCCGUUUGGCACAUGUGGGCGAGGAUGUCACCAGACUCUUCAGAAAGAGUAAAGACAUCGGGGUCCAGAUGCAUGAAGAGUUGGUGAAAGUCACCAAUGAACUCUACACAGUGAUGAAGACGUACCACAUGUACCACGGUGAGAGUCUGAGUGCUGAAAGCAAGCUGAAGGAGGCAGAAAAACAGGAAGAGAAGCACAUCGGCAAAGUUAAUGACAUCAGCGUGGGCCUGUUGCGUCACGGACAUGAUGAACGUCCCCAGCGAAGAAGUUCAGUCAGGAAGAUGGAGAAACUGAAGGAGAAGAGGCAAGCAAAGUACUUUGAAAAUAAGCUAAAAUGCACAAAGGCCCGGAAUGACUAUCUACUCAAUCUGGUGGCUACCAACGCCCUGGUGGCCAAAUAUUACAUCCAUGAUGUGUCGGACAUGAUAGAUUGCUGUGACUUAGGCUACCAUGCAAGCUUGGCACGUACCAUGAGGACCUAUCUGUCUGCUGAAUAUAGUUUGGAAACCUCUCGCCAUGAAGGUUUGGACUUACUGGAAGGAGCUGUAGAUGCCAUGGAUAUUAGAGGGGACAAGCUAAGAUUUAUGGACACACACAGUCAGAUCUUCUGUCCUCCUGCACGCUUUGAUUAUCAACCACAUAUGGGGGAUGAGGUGUGUCAGGUUAGUGCACAGCAGCCUGUCCAGACAGAGCUCUUAAUGCGCUACCACCAGCUGCAGUCCCGCCUCGCCACGCUGAAGAUAGAAAAUGAAGAGGUGAAGAAGACCCUUGAUGCUACUAUGCAAACCCUUCAAGAUAUGCUAACUGUGGAAGAUUUUGAUGUAUCAGACGCCUUCCAGCACAGCCAAUCUACAGAGUCUGUAAAAUCGGCUUCCUCUGACUCCUACAUGAGCAAGGCAAGCAUUGCUAAAAGGCGAGCCAAUCAGCACGAGACAGAGGGCUUCUAUUUUACUAAAUACAAAGAGUACUUGAACGGGAGCAAUCUUAUUGUCAAACUGCAAGCUAAGCAUGACCUUUUAAAGCAGACACUUGGAGAAGGGGAGAGGGCUGAAUAUGGAACAACAAGGCCCCCCACUCUUCCCCCUAAACCCCAGAGAAUACGGAAGUGUAGACCUCGUUCCAUUUUUAACCGUAAGCUGUUUAACGGCAAUAUGGAGGCCUUCAUUCAGGAUUCAGGACAGCCUAUACCAGUGGUGGUUGAGAGCUGCAUUCGAUACAUUAAUCUCUAUGGUCUUCAGCAGCAAGGUAUAUUCCGUGUUCCAGGAUCUCAGGUCGAAGUCAAUGACAUUAAGAAUGCAUUUGAAAGAGGAGAAGAUCCACUGGUGGACGAUCAAACAGAUCAUGACAUUAACUCUGUGGCAGGCGUACUCAAGCUCUACUUCCGAGGGCUGGGAAACCCACUGUUCCCCAAAGAACGUUUCCUUGACUUUAUCUCCACCACCAAGCUUGAAUCUGGUGCAGAAAGAGCACAUCAUCUCCAGCAGAUAAUUGUGACUCUGCAGCGGCCAGUGAUAAUUGUCAUGAGAUACCUCUUUGCCUUCCUUAAUCAUCUUUCCCAAUACAGUGAUGAGAACAUGAUGGAUCCUUACAACUUGGCUAUUUGCUUCGGCCCCACACUGAUGCCCAUACCGGAUGACCAGGACCCAGUGGCCUGUCAAGCACACGUAAAUGAGGUUAUUAAGACCAUCAUCAUCCACCAUGAGGCCAUCUUUCCAGGCCAGCGGGAGUUGGACGGACCUGUCUAUGAAAAAUGCAUGGCGGGAGGGGAAGAGUACUGUGAAAGCCCUCACAGUGAGCCGGGAGCUCUGGAUGAAAUAGACAACGGGACCGGACCAAACACAAGCGAUGAAGAUGUUGAGCCGAUUGAGGCAAUCGCUAAAUAUGACUACGUGGGUCGAAGUUCCAGGGAGCUGUCCUUUAAGAAGGGAGCGUCUCUGCUGCUGUACAUGAGAGCAUCGGCGGACUGGUGGGAGGGCCGGCACAAUGGCGUGGAUGGGCUGAUCCCACAUCAGUACAUUGUAGUGCAAGACAUGGAUGAUGCAUUCUCAGACAGUGUUCAAAGGACAGAAGCUGAGACUGGCAGUGGCCCUUAUUAUGAUGACAGGACUUCAUCAAGAAAUGAGCGUCAGGCUCCUUCUGAUCAGGCUGCUGAGAACCGUUUCGGACCUGCAUUAGGAAGAUUAAGGGUGCGAUCAGAUGGGGCUGCAGUUCCCCGCCAUAGGAACAAUGGGGCAGACAGCCUUAGCCCCACCAGAGCAGCCGAUCAGCCGCCCAGGGUUAUGCCUCGCCCUUGCAGCCCACACAAGAUAACCGUCAACAGAGGCCAGGGCGACAGCCCGGAGAAAAGACGCCUCACCACAUUCGGCAGCUCUGGCUCCAUAAAUCACCCUGACAGGAAGGCAUUUAUCGAUAGCCACUCUCAGCGAUCAUCGCCGGGCACGACUCGGCACGCAAGUUUAGGGGACCACAAAGCGCUAGAGGCUGAGGCACUCGCAGAGGACAUAGAGAAAACCAUGAAUACAGCUCUGCAUGAAUUGCGAGAGCUAGAGAGGCAGAAUGUAGCCAAGCAUGCCCCAGAUGUUGUCCUCGACACGCUGGAGCCCCUCAAACAUCCUGGUGCCGCCCAGGAAAUGUCCGCCAGCCCCCAGCACACUAUGGUAAUCAGGGAUCCAGAUGCAGCCCAACGACGUAGCAGCAGCAGCUCUUCCUCCGAGACCAUGACCACCUUUAAACCAGCCCUGUCUUCACGUAGACCAAGUGCACCUUUAAGGCCGCCGCCCGUCAGGCCAGUGAGACCUGCUCCAGUGAUCGGACCUGGUCACGUGCCACACCGCUCUAGCAGCUCCAGCUCUUCUGGUCUGGGUAGCCCUAGCAUUACUCCCACUGAAAAGGUCUUUCCAAAAGCCCCCUCCCCAUCACCGUCCACAUCCUCCUCAUCAUCAGACAAACAGGGUAACAUGUAGCUCCAGUCAGCCACCUGAUGAGAACAAUGUUGAGACAAACUGAUUUUAUCACCAUGCCCCUACAGGAUGGCUUUACUUAAAUAAAAAACAUCCACUAUGUCUAAAUGUUUACCACUAAAUGACUUGUUCUGAUUUCUUCCCACACCUACUGGGAGCAAGUAACUGUACUGUUUAACAGUGAUUAUUUUACACAGAACUAGGGGUUAAAACUGUAGAAUUAUUUAAUAGACUUGUAUAGAGCUGGAAUAAAGAGAUGCACUGGAGAGUGUUUCUGUUUGCUGAGAUAUGAAACAUCUCACUGAAACAUUAUUAGAUUAAAAGAUGCUGUAAGCUUGUGCUUUGUGUCUGGUUUCUACUGUAGCUCCAUUACCGAGAAACAUUUACAGGAAUACUUCACCACUUACCAUUUAAACAUUGAGACUGUGCUGGGGGUCUGCAUUGUCUUGUGUUUAAAUAUCCCUUUCAGAACCACUUAUGCUGACGGAGAGGGGUUGCUGUUAAGAAAACCCACUUUAGAACAAUAGAGGAAGAAAACAUGACUAAUGGAUGAUUGCUUCCAGUCUGCAGUUCUUCUGAUUAACUUUUGUAUUGACUAAAACCUUUAGGCAUUUGGCUUUUGGAUAAGAUACAUAUUCAAACUUGUUACAUUUUUUUAAAGUCUGGGAAAUAUUGCAGGUCCCAGAAGAAACUCAUGGCAGCACAGAGAAUUUACUGGCACCGAAGGCCAAAUAAAGCACAAAUGUGACAAAAUAACUCCAAGCACUGUUGUGAUACCAGCUUAUGGUGCUGCUUUAUUCUCCAGCCUGCAGCAUCAGUACAAUUACCCACCUAAUCGUGUAAACCUGUUUCCUUAUAUUUGAGGAGUAUAGUGCUUUGCAAAGGUGUUCAUACCCCUUAUACAUAAAUUGUGUUACAACCAGAUACAGCAUUUUGUUUGUGGUACAGCAACGGUGUGAUGCUUUCAUUUUGAAUUGGAAGUAAAGUUCUAUGUUUUCUCAACAUUUUAUACAAAUUAAAUUCAUAAAAGUGUUGCAUGAAUUUAUUAAAUUCUCUUCAAUGCAGCAAUGUCUCAAACCACUGUUUUGCUGCAUUUCCAAUUCCAAGUAUUGUGUUUACCUGCUUCAGAAAUUCUGCUUUGCAAAACACUCCAAACUUAAUCAGAUUGGUUAUAAAGCAUCUGAAUCACAAUGUUCAAGUUUUGCGACAGACCGUGCAUUGCAUUUGGAUCUAGACUUUAGGUGAAGGAUUCUAUCACAUGCAUAUACUUUAAUAUGAAUUAUCAUUGUUGCUCUCCCCAUAUGCUUUGUGCCAGACCAAAGUGACUUUCAGCUGCUAAGACGCUGGUUCUAAAUCCUGGUUCUUAGAAUGUCACAUUCUUGCCGUUUUACAUUUGUCUCUACUCCAACCUAAAUGUUUGAGUCUGAAUGCAUUACCCCAUCCGCGUCUAAUUAAAUCCUGCAGAAGUCUGUUGAUAACUCAACUUUUUCAGGUCAGGUGUCUGCAGGAAAAUACUUGAAAAAUGCAGUAAAGCACAUGGCUGGCAAAUACCUAACGAAGAAUUUAUUAAACUUUUUUUUUUAAGAUGCUUUGUUUUGCUCCUUCCAUUUUCCUACCAGUUCAGACUGGAGUUCCUGUCCCUGUAGAGGAGAAAGCCUCUCCGGAGCAUGAGUAUGCCAUCACCAUGCUACACUAUGAGAUGUUCAUUAUGAUCUGUAAUUUUAUUCUUUAAAGGUUUUUGCCUGAUGGUUCGAAGUUUCAUUUUUGGUUUCCUGUGACCAGAACACAUUCUUCUUUAUGUUUUCUAUGUAUGCGCCACUUUUAACUUAAUUUUUUUGUUAGACCAAGCGCCUUUCUUCUUAUACUCCACUGGGACCAAAUUUGUCAAAUGGAAGGCUAACAGCUUAUGUUGAUCUCUUUAACUUAAGUUAAAGGGUCACUUGCUUUCACAGGUUAAUGCUUUGCAUGUUUGGUUUGCUAUUCCAGAUGAUUCAUUGAAAAGUGCUGUAUGAGGUGUUCAAUGCUUAGGAUAUUGUUUUAUAGGCUGAUCCUACUUUAAACCGCUCUAAAACCCUUUUUUCUGAUCCAUUUACUGUUGUCUUUUUAUCAUCAUCUUUGUUUAUUAAGCAUUCAGAGAAGAGAUGAUUAAGAGUUUAAAUAACACAGAGGUGAACUUUAGGGAUACCAGAAUAAAAGAAACUGAAUUGAAAAAUAAAAUUUUUGUUUGUGUUUUGGCUAAUCACAUAAUAUCCUACCUAAAUGCCAUUCUGUGAUUGCAGUGUAAGAAAAUGUCAAAAAUGUUCCAGGGUUAUUAAUACAAUUGAAAUGGGAAGUAUAGCUAGUUCUUGACAGGAAUUAUUAUUUUUUUUAAGUUAUGAAGUCAGUCUACUGCUUUUUUCCUUUCCCUUCAUGUGUCAUUCUAGAACAGGCCAGAGGGUGGCGAUAUAGUCCAAGCUACAAUGGACAGCUGACACAACGUUUUAUCUUUCACUUUUCUGUAAUAUUGGGUGAAGUAAAUAUUAGUUUCAUAAAAUAAUAAAAUAUCUCUCUUUACAACAUUAUCAGCUUGAUUACCUCUAAAAACGGAUAAGGCAAUUGCACAAUUUUGUUGAGUAAAGCACCAAUAAACCUCUUAUGAAGCUGAGCUGCAUUAGUUGUUUAUGUGUCUUCAAUUACGAGAUGUACUAGAAACAAGCUUAUUUAGGUUGUCUGUGGUCAUUGUAGGCUGUGUGAGUGUUCUUUGCUUUUGGUAAAAUGUACAGGUCUGGCUGUAUUAGAAAAGGCUUAAUGUAAUGCAGUUUGAAUGAAUUUAAAGCGA